AUGGCAGAAUUUCCCGGUUUCGGUCGUCAUUGUCAUGCCAAUAGUUGCCAUUUGUUAGAUUUUCUUCCUGUUCGUUGCGAUGCCUGCCAAAGGGAUUUCUGUGCAUCGCAUUACGCUUAUGAUGCACAUAAUUGUAUUUCAGCUUAUAAAAAAAAUAUACAAGUACCUGUAUGUCCAUUGUGUGGUGUACCGAUUCCAGUAGCACGAAAUGAACGUCCAGAUGCAAAAGUAGGCAAUCACAUUGAUUCUAAUUGUAAAUCUAAUCCUGCGUCAGCAAUGAAAGGAAGGAUUUAUACGAAUCGAUGUUCACAAGUGUACUGCAAAAAGAGGGAGCUUAUACCUAUAAAAUGUGAUGAAUGCGGUCAAAAUUUCUGUUUAAAGCAUCGAUUUCCAGCUGAUCAUGAUUGUAUCAGAGUGGGAAGAAAACAAGCAGUAUCAAGUGCACCGUAA